CGAAGAACAUCUCCUCCAGUCGACCUCUCAACACACAUCUAUCAAAAUGGCGCCCGCAGCAACCGGAGGCAAGAAGCAAAAGAAGAAGUGGUCAAAGGGAAAGGUCAAGGACAAGGCCCAACACGCCGUAGUGCUCGACAAGCAAACCCAGGAGAAGCUCCAGAAGGAUGUUCAAUCAUACCGCCUCAUCACCGUUGCGACGCUCGUCGACCGCCUCAAGAUUAACGGCUCGCUGGCGCGCAAGGCGCUGACCGAUCUGGAGGAGCAGGGCUUGAUCAAGAAGGUUGUUGGGCACAGCAAGUUGAGCGUCUACAGUAUGUGUCCCUCAUAUCGCUCCUACAAAGUGUAUAUAUCAACCAUACCCGACCAUCGUGCUAACAAAGAUAUAGCUCGUGCCGUCGGCGCAACUGAGUAAAUUCAUUCAUUCACGCAUUGGGACCGGGCAAUGAAAAGAAAGCUUUCUGGCUGGGCGGACGACGAAUGGGGUCAUCCGAUGACAUGGCGC